CGGAUGUGACGUCACGCCCCCCUGCUCGGCUUUAUGUUUGAAGCUGGAAGCAGCAGGAGCCAAAGUUCUGCUCACAAUGGCUCUGCUGAGGCCCCCAGGGACCCAGGAUGGAUCCAUCGAACCGGAACCGGACCAACAGAACCUUCAGCCGCCGGGCUCCGGGGAGCCGAACCGGAACCAGGCGGAGGCUGGAUGCGAACCCGAACCGGGUCCGAACAGAGCCGGGUCUACCCCGGAGGGCUGCCGGGUUCCUGGAGCGGAACCAGGGGGGGCGGAGGACGGGCCGGAGCCCCGCGGAGGAAGCAGGCCGGCGGGCCGCAGGGAGGGGAAGCCUCUGACCCGGAUGAACUCUGAGGAAAGCAUCUGCUCCAUCCAGAUGGACGCCGACAGCACCGCCUCCAGCGGCCGCUCCACCCCUGCCACGGUCACCGGGCCGGGCGGAACCGGGCCGGGCGGCGCCAGCAAGGCUCUGAGCUACACCUGCUGCUGGGACGACUGCCAGCUGCUGUUCUCCUGCAGCCCGGACCUGGCCGAGCACAUCCGGGCCACGCAUGUGGACGGACAGAGAGGAGGGGUGUUCGUGUGUCUGUGGAAGAGCUGUAAGGUCUACAACACGCCGUCCACCAGCCACAGCUGGCUGCAGAGACACAUGCUGUCCCACAGUGGGGACAAGCCCUUCAAGUGUGUGGUCGGGGGCUGCAACGCCACGUUUGCAUCCCAGGGGGGGCUAGCGCGCCAUGUUCCCACCCACUUCAGCUCCCAGGGUUCCUCCAAGGCGUCCGGUCAGGGCAGAGUGAAGGAGGAGUCUCCGUCCAAGGCUGGGAUGAAGAGGAGGAAGAUGAGGAGCAAAUACCGCCGCUCACUGCCUCGACCUCAUGACUUCUUCGAUGCUCAGACCAUGGAGGCCAUCCGCCACCGCGCCAUCUGCCUGAACCUGGCCACCCACAUUGAGAGCCAGGGGAACGGACACAGCGUGGUUUUCCACAGCACGGUGAUCGCCAAGAGAAGAGAGGACUCUGGCAAAGUGAAGGUGCUGCUGCACUGGACGCCUGAAGACAUACUUCCAGACGUUUGGGUGAAUGAAGGCGACAGACUGCAGCUGAAGACCAAGGUGGUCCAUCUGUCCAAGCUGCCCACAGACACGGCUGUCCUACUGGCCCCCAACAUCUACAGGAUGUUUUUCUGAUGAAGACUUCUGGCCUCCUGCGGGUCUCCAGAUGAAGGUUCUUCUUGGUCCCUCCCCAGGAGGCCUUGGUGACGGCUUCCCUCCGCCCCCCCCUCCCAGGAUGACGGCGUCCCUCACUCCGUCCCCCUCUGGGUGGCGGCGUCCCUUUAGUUGUCGUUAGGCUCAGGUUGUAGGAACGCGCUGCUUUGCUGUAGAACUGAGGAUCGUAGUCAGAAUCUCUGUAAAUAAAGAAUGUAAUAUAUUUUUCUACUUUUUCUAGAUGAAGUUUUAAUAAAAGUCUGAAAAUGA